GGCGCCGGAGUCUCCUGGAGAGAGUAUCGAAAUGGAAACCGAGCACGAAGAGGAACACGUAAUCGACGAAGAAGAACAAAUCCCCGAAACAUUGUUCUCACCGUUAGACGAAGAGGAAAUGGAGCCUGUCGCUAUUGUAGACGAUAUACCGUUUCCUUCCCCUUCGCUCCGAAGGGUCAUACCGGAGAGAAUUAGAAAGAUAGAGAAGCAGAAUGGAAUUCAUGUCUUGCCUGAAGUUUUCAAGACUGAUAUUGACCCGGAGGAUAUACCUAGAAUAAAACACACUGCGCCACAAAAAUAUAUCGAGAUACUGGGUGAACUCACAGGUUGUUCAAAGUACACGAGUAGUCUGGCUGAAUAUUGGUUUCUGGAUACUCUGGCUAACUUGCUCCGAAGGGGACAGGAUGAUAACUUGGACAAACAGGCUCAAGCGGUGUUGAUUCAGUGGUUCUGCCAGUGGAUGCGAGAAAUGGAAUAUUUUGACGCCGCCAGUCGUGAGAGGAUGCUUCGGAGAUUUAAAGACAAUAUGUUAUCAGCAGCACACUUCAUAGGCGAAGAAUCCCGUAUCCCAGUGCCACUGGAAGCCGGAGUGAACCACAAAGAAUUUGAUGAAGAAACAAUACAGCGUAAACAGACCAUGUUGAAAAAGAACAACCGACAGUUGUCAGACCUAACGAACGAUUCCAAAAUGAUAUCUUUCGAAGAUUCAAUGUAUGAAUGCUCGUUGAGGGAUCUCAUGAAGAUUUUGCAUUAUAUUUUUGAUUUAUUCAGCACAGACUACCAAUACGACUUAAUACGUUCAGUGUUCACCUUUCCACCAGAACAUUGUUUAAUCGACGCGCCUUACCAAAUCCAAAACCCACGCAAGAUGUACACGGUGUUAAAACCCACGAAGGGUAGUCCUAAGAAAAGAGAAGAGAAAUCUAGUAAAGCGUCUAAAUCAAAAGAAAAAGAAAAAGAAGUGGAGACUCAGGAGUACAUUAAUUUGAUGAUGCUAAAAGCCUACGAUAUGCAGCAGCAACAAGAGCAAGAACAACGCGACCGCGAAGAAUGGAACCUCCGCAGCCAUAUCCUGCCACUCUCCUUUGCAGUUACUAGUGAAAUAUUCGAUAAGUACUGGCCUCCGCCAAUUCCGGAGCCAGAGCCCGAGCCCGAGAUUCCGCCGACGCCCGUAAAGAAGCCGAAAGGGGGAAAGAAGAAAUGAGCUAAUUAAAUGCGAAAUGGAGAUGUUUCCAUCUAAUUUGAGCAUUAGAUGGAUACCUCCUAGACUGUUGACGGUCGUCACAGUCACAUAUAUUGGUAAUAUAGUAGCAUUCAAUCAGGGAAUAGUGUUGUACCAUGUUCAGGGAAAUAGAGCAGUAGUGCCUAAUUCUUUUGAGCGCCCACCAAAUCGCAUUAACGUGAAGUGACGCUGAAAAGUCGUCUUUUGGUCCCACCUAAUUAUUAUCUGUCGAUCGAUAUUCCGAUACACAACUAUUUUUUGGGAGUUAUCUAAUAAGCAGAACCUGCAGAAGCCUUUAAAAUAGGUUCCUAAACUUUUUGACCCACUUAAGCAAGUUCAAAAAACUUCAAUCAAGCCCACCAACCACCACAAAAAAUAAUUGAAAACACGUAGGUAUUGUUUCGUAUUAACUUAACAUAAAAAGUCCAAGUAUUUGAAGUGUAGUUUAUAGAUGAUUCAGGUUAUUUUUUUCAAAUGCCACACCCCUGGACAGCUUCAACACCUAGCAAUGGCUUCCGAGCCCUUCCCUAGGAUUUUUCAGCGCCCACUGGGGGGUAGGGACCACUUUGGGAAACUAUUCCCUGAAAUUACCAAGCGCAGAACUCGAUACUUGCUAAAUCUAAAAAUGACAUCGCCAUUAUGCUUAAGAGAAGGUGGCUGGACGAAGUUUGAAGACCAGCUAAGUGUGGUACCUACUAUUAAUUUGACGUUCUCAAUGUGGCUAUUAUAGUAUUUUUACAUCAAGUUUGAUUACUCAAUGACUUGGGUUUGUUAAAUAAAAACAAUUCUUUAUGAGUGAAUACAUUGAGUUUAAUAUUUAUAUCCUGUGUAAUAAUAUCACUUCACUAUUAUCAAUGUACAAGAAUAAUCAUCUCCUCCUCUUAUAAAUACAUUAUUUAAAAUAGAUAUUGUUCAAGGUAUUCUGCAAAAUAUUUACAAAUUUUAAACAUU